AUGAAGGCCACAUCUAACCCUGACAAACUCAAAAAGCGCACCAAGCCACAAACAUCACAACCGUCAUCAUCUGCACCCAUUUACAUAGACACCACUCCUAGACCCAAACCCGACCAUAUACUUCACGAGACUUAUUACGAGUCGGGAAGUACCGAGUGGGGUUACUAUUCCGAAAAAGAAGAACCAACUUCCGAUAAAACACCUACUCCACCCGAAUCACCGAAGCCGGACAUCAACAUGGCCGGACAACAAAAUAAUCCACCCGAUCUUUUUCACACUAGAAUCGAGGACCUUCCUCGAACUAUACCAACUUCUCGCCAAUCGGCCAUCCUUUCUCCCGAAAUUGACACUUUCACGGUAAAAGGAAACCAUUUGCAAAUGGUUAAGGAUUUGUGUUUUGAUGGGAGAAACAAAAGGGAUCCUCAUGAGCAUCUCGACAAGUAUGAGAUGAUUUGUAAUUUAUUCAACUAUGGGGAAAAUCAAAGCAACAAUGUCAAGAUGAAGCUUUUUCCUAUGUCUCUCACGGGUGAGGCUCAUAAAUGGUUAAAGGGGCUAGCACCGAAUAGUUUGACUACUUGGGGGGCGGUUAGAGAAGCUUUGAUUGAAAGGUUCUUUCCGGCUAAUAGGGAAAGAGAGCUUAGACUUGUUAUUUGUUCUUUUAGGCAAGAUGAGGAUGAAUCCAUUGUUGAGGCUUGGCUAAGAAUGAAGGAUCUUUUAUGGGAAUGUCUCGGGCAUGGGGUGAGUGAUACCGAGAUUGUGGGUAUAUUCAUGGAUGGUAUGAAUAGGGAGAAUUAUGAGAAAAUGGUCAUGACUUGUGGGGGUAGUAUUACUUAUAAGACUUCAAGUGAGCUUUGGAAAAUGUUUGAGGAUAUGGCAAAAGCUCAAGUUACUAGGUCCCCGAGUAGAGAUAGGAGGUCAAGAAAAGUGGUAGCUCGGGUAGAUGGAGGUGAAACAUCCGAGGUAGUUGCUGAAAUUCGGAAACUUUCAAACCGAAUGGAUGAAAAGUUCUCUAUGGUGGAGAACAAUUUUGGAGGACUAAAACGAGAUGUAAAGAUAAUGGCCGGGGGAUGUAUUCAUUGUGGAGGACCACACCAUGCCGAUGAAUGUGACUCUAUGGUUCAAGAAGAUGUCAACUUCGUUUCAAACCAACGUUCGGGGCAAUAUCAACCACUUUUCCAACGUGGUAGCAACUAUCAAGGCCGUCACCAAGGUAAUUCUUCAAACUCUUCUAAUUUCUAUUCUAACAAUCGUGGUGGAAAUUUUCAAAAUAGGUGGCAAAAGGAGGAUAAUCAUGGUACACCUCAACAACAACCACCACCAUCACCCCCAAAGAAGGAUGACAAUGGGGAGGAAGGAUCACCUCUCAUGGCCAUGAUGGCCAAGUUCUUAGAUAAGCAAGAAAAGAGGGAGGAGGCUCAAGAGAAGCGAAAUGCUUCAAUGGAGAACUAUUCAAAGCUUUUGAAUGAUAAGAUUGAAGGCUUGCACGGCAAAAUAGAUGAGAGCAAUCGCAACAAUCACGCCUUGAUAUCCAAUUUGGAAAAGAGAAUCGAUAGGAUGGGCAACAAUCAAAGGCAACCGGGUACUCUUCCAAGUAAUACCCAACAAAACCCGAAUCAAGGCCAAGGAGGUUCAUGGAGAAAUGGAGCUGACAAGUACAAAGGACCCCAACACUGGAAAGAGACUGUAAAUGCCAUAUCUACACGGUCCAGGAGAGUAGUUUCUUCUCCCAUUGAUAAAUCUCGUGUUUUUAAUGUUUCUCCACAGGUUGAGCAAUUUGAUGAAGAGGUGGAAAUGGAGUCAUCGCCGGUGGUGACUACUUCGGUUCCUAAGGCCACACCAAUCAAGGAACUCGAAGUCAAGCCAUAUAAGCCAAAGAUCCCUUUUCCUCAACGGUUGAGGAAGGAGAAGAUUCAAGAACAAUACAACAAGUUCUUUGACAUGAUCAAGUCGGUCACAAUCAAUGUGCCAUUGGUGGAUCUUAUUUCGGGCAUGCCCAAUUAUGCCAAGUUCAUCAAAGAACUAGUGACGGACAAGAAGAAACUUGAUGAAGCAAAGACAACCUUUUUAAAUGAAGAAUGCUCGGUGGUUGUCAAAAACAAGCUUCCACCCAAACUUUCGGAUCCAAGGAGUUUCUUAAUUGCUUGUUCAUUUGGUAGAAAAUUAACUUGUAAAGCUUUAGCCGACCUUGGGGCAAGCAUCAAUUUGAUGCCCUAUUCCGUUUUUACCAAGCUUUCUUUGGGGUGA